AUGUUUGACGAGAUCCUAAACCGGGCCGAAAAGCUCUCAUCACAGCACACGUUAGCUGGGCGAAUUGCGGAUGCUGCUGCUCAAAACCAUGAGCCCUCGGCUCCCACUCAUCCUCACGUUGUUGACAAACAGUUAGGCAUUGAUUUGACCGAGAUCUUCCGAGCCAGCGAAAGUCUUGUCAGGAAAAAACUUCCUGGCGAAGCUCGUGCACAAAAAAGCUAUCUGUUUGGGAAACAUGGGAUCAUCUUUGGCGGAGCUCCAAACAUCUCGCAGGCUGCUGCCGUGGAGAAAGUCGUAGUACCCGAUGACGAAGAGGCGAUAAAUGUCUUAACAGAUCGAGUGCGUCUUGAAGCUGAGCGGGCUUUUUUUAAUCAGGUGCUUCUCAACCGACCCCAUCCAUCAUUUCAUAGUGUUCGUCCUGAAUCGAGUUUUGGAACAAAUCUACCUUCUACUCCUAUGCGACCACUACCUGCUUCUGUGACAGGUCCUCGACUUGGUGAUCGACGGGCAGCCAUAUUUUCUGAUCGUUUCCGAAGUUAUUUGCGAAGUGAUAAAAGAAAGGACCUUUCUCAAUUGCUGAAUGAAGCAGUGAUCGAGUCGAACAGUGAUCCAGUGGUUGCCGAUAUGUGGGCUCAAAUUACAGCAAUGGUUGGAAAGCGAUGCACGAGUGCUUCGGGGGACGUACCAAUCAUCAUGGAGCUGGUCACGCGAGCCACCAACUAUUUGCACAAGAGUUUUGUCGAUCACAUGCAAAGAUGUGUCGACCAGAAUUUGGAGCGUGCCCGGCGAGGAGGGAUUCCUGGAACCCGAGCUUUGGCUGCUGCGUAUAUCAAGGGAUGUUGUGAUAUUGCUUCUGACGUUGAAGAUGGUUGUCUCGGUGACGACUGUCCUGUGUGGCAAGUAAUCUACACGUGCUUCCGAAGUGGUGAUCUGGCUGCUGCAAGUGACGCUUUAGAUAAAGUUGCGACUAAUCAACGAACCAAUGUUCUUUACAAGGCUCUCGUGCAUUUGAAGAGCAAUCCCAAAUUGACGAAGGAACUCAAAGACAAGCUAAAGGUCGAAUGGAGACACGAGCAGAAUUCAGUCAGAGAUCUCUUCCGACGAUCGAUGUACUGCGCUUUACUUGGUGUUGAAGCGCCGAUCGCCGAUACAAUGGAAAAUUGGAUAUGGUUUAAGUUGAUUCCGCUUCGCUUGGAUCCAUCGAUGACCGAAGCUUUGUACACGGAUCUUCAAAAGACGAUUUCAUUGGAUUAUGGAGAAGCUCAUUUUAUGGCCGAUGGAAUGAACGAGGCACCACUCUACUUUUCAGCCCUUUGUUUGAGUGGACAAUUUGAACGCGCAAUUGAUCUGCUUGUUCAGAUGAAUUGCUUGGUUGAUGCUGUUCACAUGGCAAUCUUGGCUCACGAGAAUAGUUUGCUGCGACUCACCGAUGCUAUAAUGGAUGCGCAUAACAUCAAGCUUUUGAACUCAACAGAUCAAUCAGUUGAUGCUUCGAUUUCACUUGCUCGCCUUUUGGUUGCGUACACAAAGCCUUUUGAAAUGGAUGACAUUGAAACGACACUCGACUACUUUUAUAUCCUCAAGGAUCAAAAGACUGCGCAAGGGCGUGAUAUCUUCGAAUCAGCUGUCUCUCGAGUGCUCUACCUCACCGGGGAAGUUCGGAAAGUGAUUGGCGAAAUUAAAAGCUCAAAACGAACUGCAGCCUUGAUUGACAAUUACGACAUUGAUACCACGGCGGUCAUCACUCGCGUAGCUGAGGACACGGAACUAUCGGGAAACCCGGAUCAAGCCAUUGAGAUUUUGCACAUUUGUGGUGAAGAUGAUCGAGCAAUCACUGUGAUGUGCAAACGGCUCGCUGAAGCAAUCACACAAAAUGACGAAAAGCUGCGUGAAAGGUUGAUUGGUGCUGCACAAAAGCUUGCAACAGAUGCACCGGCCGCUUCACAUGAACGGAUUCAAACACUAUGCGUUUUGCUGGACACCUUGCAGCUGCUGAUUAGAUGUCAACAAGCCGACUAUGAAAGCGUUCUACAUAUAAUCAAGAAAACUGGGCUAAUUCCAACUGAUCCAGAGCAAGUUCACGCUUUUACUUCACAAGAACAUUUAACUCCUCCACAGGUGACGACAGUGCUUCCCGAUGUGUGUUUGGCGGUGAUGAAUUGUCUCGCGGUCGGUUUUCCUCAAUCGACAAUUCCUGUUCAACAACGUAUGCAAAGAUUGGGCCAAGCAAUCGUAAUGUUUGCAGCUAGCACUGCUUACAAGUUCCCGCAGAACAUCAUCUCAAAGAUUCUCGUGACUCAAGCAAAAAUUCAG